CUCGGGUGAUCGAAUCGGUCAUCACAAAGUGCUGACACAAGUAUCUCAAGAACGUAGAGGAAACAGGUUAGAAGUAUAGCAUAAACGUUUCUAAUACCAGAAAUUUUGGGAAAUCUCUUUGAAGAAAACUUCUGUCGUAAUGGCAUCAUCCUGUCUACAGAUUUGUGCAUUCCUGCUGGCUUUAGCAGGAUUCACCACAUUACUUGUUACUACCAUGUCCAGCAGAUGGAAAGUUUUGGACACCACGACAGAGCUGGUUACUGCAGACUGGGUUUCUGAAGGUCUUUGGAUGGACUGUGCAACAACUGGUGUUGGAUCAGUACAGUGCAAGAAAUUUCUCUACAUGCUGAGUUCAGACCCUCACAUUCAGGCAUGCCGUGCCCUGAUGAUUACUUCCAUCCUUUUGGGAUUCGUAGCUGCAGUAUUCUCACUGCUUGGUAUGAAAUGCACAAACAUUGGGUUGAGUGAUGAAGAUGGAAAAAUGAAGUUUACUGUCACAGGAGGAUUUCUUUUUAUUUUAGGAGGUCUCUGCUCCAUGGUGGCUAUUUCUUGGUAUGCUGCAAUGGUUACUGCUCAGUUUUUUAAUCAACUGUACGCUGGAACCAAGUAUGAACUAGGAGAAGCUCUGUACUUAGGCUGGGCUGGAUCUAUCCUUUACAUACUUGGUGGGAUCUUACUGACCUGUUCAUGCAGAGGGAAGGAAAAACAGAAUUACAGUCCCAAGAAAUAUGCAUAUUCAUCAGCCCAGGCAGCUAUUCAGCCACACAUGUACCCCAGGAGCUCUGAGACCGUCAUAAGCAACAAGGAGUAUGUCUGAGCUUCCAUUCUGCAUCACCUGUAGCAUUAGUGGGUUAUGAACUCAAAUAAAGAAGUCAACUGCUUCUUUAUUCCGGUUCCAAAUUGCAAUCCUAUGCCUUAAUUUGGAGCAGUACCAAGAGGAGGUAUGGUUUUCAAUGUAAAUAGGAACAGUUUUCAGAUGUAAACAGCUUUCUACAGAAGAUGCCAUGAUGUGAAAUCCUGUGGCAUGAAGGUUUUCUGCAUGCUGAGAAGCCUGGUAAAAUUUAACCUGAGCGCAGUAUAUGCUGACACUCAAGAGCAAUGGUUUCUAUUUCAGCUGACUCAAACAUGUGGAACUGAUAGCUGUAUCUGACUGCAAGUUCAUAUGCCUCACAGUUAGAAAUGUGUUGUGUUUUCAUUAAUGUUUAGCUUCCUUGUUUUGUUAGCAGCUUAAGCUUUUGACAAGAAAUAAACUUUGUUCCACAGACUGAAACAGAUUUUUUGACGAGUGGAAUCCUCUAAUAAGGAAAUUAUGUUAUACUGAAAUUCUUAUUACAUAUGAUGGUUUAUAUGAAGGUUUAUAAAAGCUACAAAAAUUUUUCUAGCAACCACUCACCUUCAAAUCUGCAGAUGUGCAACAAAUUUCUUUCUGGCUGUAAUGCAGAUACAGAAGAUAAACGAUACAGAAAGAACAAAAGACAUCUGGGAAUGGAGAAAGCAUCUGGUGCGAAAAUGCCUUGUGGUAACUAAAAUGAUAGCCUGAAUUUUUAUUUCUAUGGUUUUCUAUUUCCUUUAUUAAGGAGCUUUUAAAAAACCACUACUUUGAGCAGUCUUUAACUUUGGGAACUUUUACUGCAUCUGAAUUGUCUAAUUCAUGUAAUUCCCCAGUGGUUUUAUCUUCUGUCAAUGUUCCAUCAUUAGAAUUUCUGCCUUAAACUAGUCCACUGCUGGGAGCAUAUGUUUACUUUGUGUGAGCACUUAGGCAGAUGGCAGUGAGCUAAUUUAAUUUGUAUUUAUGCUUUCAGCAAGGUGGAAUGUAAUUUCACCCUGCAGGUUCUCAGGUUCCAUAACUUGUCCCUUUAAAAUUACAAAUGUAUUCAUAGAGUUUGACAAAACUCUGUUUUGAAUGGCUAAUGAUAAACACUCAGCAGUCUGAUCUGGAAGUUUCAUGAGGUUCCCUUGGUGGCCCAAAAGAUAAUUUUGGAGGGCAACCUGGAAACAGUCUCAGCAGAAAUGAUUUAGCCAUGGUGCUUGCAUGCAGGAACAGCUGACUUGUAAACUGACACAUUAAGGCAUGAACUGGGCACUGCUUGGCUUAGUAAGUAAAGCUAAAAGGAGUGGGGAUUACUUCUAGAUUGCCAGUUUCAUCUUCUUCCCUUCACUAUCAUCUGCAGGUUUUCAAAUCAUUCCUUUGGUGAUUCCUUUUAGAGAAUAAUUUCAAAAGCUGAAAAGGCACUUAGCCUGCAUGGUGGGAGCUGAACUCCUUACCAUCAUCUGUAUAUUCUGCCCUCUGGAUUUCUGGGUAAUUUGUGAAGGUACUUUGGUCUAGUUGAACAUAAGGAAAAUUGCAGAGACAAAGCAUCAACCACUGUCAGUUUUCCACCAAAGGUUGUGUCAACUCAUUAACAUAAAUUAUGAUCCAGCAGGUGAGAGGGAAAUUCAGAACUUCCUUGGUCUGGCAUCAUGUCUUCUAAUGGCAUUACUGGGAAGUUUAAUUAAAAACAGGAAUAAAAUCCCGGUGCUCUUCCUUCAUUCAGUACAUUGUUACCACAUUCAGUGUCAUUGAAGGCAAAAUAACUGCUAAAAAUUCUAUGCCUUUCUCUGGUUUGUUUAC